AUGCGGGAGAAAACAAAUGGAAACAACAAUGGUGGGGCAAAAAUGGAAAAAGAACAUGAAAAUAAUCAAAAUGAUGAUGAAAGGACGAAAAACUUCGUCAUAAAAUAUAAUAUAUUCAAUCCCAUUGGCGUACUUUUGUUUCCUUUAAAUAUGAAGGAAGAAGCGCGUAAUUUUUAUAAAUUCGUAAAAAUGACUGAACCAGAAAAAGACGGCUGUUUCUUCUUGAGUGCAAAUAAAUUUUGA